AUGAACGAAACCAAUAAAACUACAAAUAAUCCUAAUAAUAUGAUCCAACAGCAAUUUCACAAAAGUAUGUUCAUCAGAAACCGUAGUAACAGUCUACCAUCAGUCGCAGCAAGUAAAACCAGCAAUAAAAAAUCUCAAAACAAUGAACUGGAGCCUAAAAAUAAUGAUAAGAACCCUUUAAACCCAUGGCAAAAUGAUCAAGUACCUCUUAAAAGGCAAAAAAGAAAGGAAACGAGCCCCAUCUGCAGAGACAAUACUAAGAAAUCUAAGAAUACACCCACCUUCGCACUGCCUACGCAUAACAAAUUUGAGAUCCUCAACAGUGAAGGAACAGAAGACCCGGUCUCAGUUACAGAGUAUAUACCAAAACUGGAACCUAUCUUUGUGACGGGAGUCAUGGAUGUUAUAGCACUAAAAGCAACUCUAAAUCAAAUUGUGGACAGCAAAUCAUACCAAAUGACAACAUUAAGAUCGGGCCAUAUCAUUAAGUUAAUGCUCAACGAUAUAACAAGAAAUCCGAGAGCAGUUUAUAACCAACAAUAUUUCACAUUAUACUUAUAA